UGAAGCAUCACUGAGCCUAUUAACAGAGCAACUGAUAGAAAAAAAAGACUAUGCUGCAACAAAGGAGGUGCUGAGUCGUAUGCAAGAGCUGGGCUAUGAGGGUCUCUCAUCUUUAGCUACAAAAGCCCUUGAGGUAUUCCAGCCAUCAGACCAAGAAAGAAGAUAUUUUGAGGACCUUGCUGCAAGUUCUACAACAUCUUCGUCAUCGUCAUCAGAUUCUGACUGA